GCGCUUUCUAUGCGUCGGCAAGAUGGCGGCUCCCAGCGUGCUGCUGAAAGUGUGGAGACACCGGCUGAGUUUGGGGGUUCCUGGACGCAGGAGUUUCUGGGGAGGAAAGAAGAAACAAGAUCAACCAUCAGUAGUAGAACCCGUGAAAGAUGUUUACCCUGUGAUAGAUGUCUGCCCUCCACCACGAAGUAGAAAAUACCUUCCUCCUGAACAUGUCCAGAAUCAUCUAGAAUCUCGUGUGAGAGAGAUUUGGGGAGCCUCAGUUUCGAGUGACUGGCAGAGGAUAUCCCUAGCAGAUGUUGGUUUAAAGUAUCGGCUAUUGGCACAAAUGGCAGCAGAUCUGGACCAUACAGUCCCCAAUAACCAGCUCCAUCAAAUGAAGAGUGUGGGCGAUGUCUUGGAUUUCUACAGUACACCUAUAAAAGACAUCUCAAAGUUAGAUGAGCUGGGCAUGCAAGAGCUUCCAUCAAAUCUGAAGAUCAAUUGGACUAUUGAUUAAAACAAAAUUACUGCUGUCAUUUGUCCUCGGUAAAACAGCAUCAGUAUAAGUGCAGAUAAAGCUUACUUUUGUUUUCCCAAGUUUCCAAAUAAUGUUUCUUACCCCCCUGCAAAUAAUAAUACUGUAAUUCAUCCAAGCAAAUAAUUCAUGCAUGCUUUUUUUUUGAAACAAAGAACUGGAGAGGGUGAUUUUUUUCCCCAGGCUGUUCUUCAUCGGAGGAGACUAUGGAGAUCCAAAUGAGUCACCAGAAAAUAAUAUUUGAGACUUGAUUUUCCUCUUCUUCUUUUUACCUUCAUUUAUCGUGUAUAUGUUCAAGAGAAAUUCUUAUGUUGGUCAUAUAUAAAAUGGUGUUGAGGCAGCAAUUAAUUUAGUCUAUUAGACAUUGGAGGCCUCUCACACAUAGCAAACUUCUCUUGGGAAGAAAUAUGCACCAUCUUAACCAUAUAAGACAGCUGUGAAUACUUGUUUUUUAACCUACAUCAGUGAAUUUCAUUUGCUGUAUUCAGUAUAAAAGUAACAUGAUAAUAAAGACAGAUUUCCAUUUAUGACACAAAAAUAGUGGGAAUCUCAUGUAAGAAAAUAAAGCUAUCCAUUACAAGAGAAUAUUUAUAUACAUGGCUCAGGGUUGAACUAUGGAAUCAUUGAUGUUCUGGCAUUUAACUGGCUGGCUUAUGAUAUCUGGGCCCCAUUACACAACUAAGUAACCUCUGUGUGAAUAAAUAUGGGGUUUGUUUCCUGUUUGUAUACAGUAGUUUUCUCUGUCAGUUGGUGGAGUAUAUGUUUUUCUUCAUAGUUCUUUGAUUGAAAUAUUGUUUUCUUGAUAGUUUGUCUGAUAUUAAUCGCUAUUUGUCUGGGCGUUGGCUUUAGAAAAUGAUCUUCUGGUCUUUUUGUUUCUUACAUUUUGUUUGUUUCUUUUGAAUGGUAUGUAGAUAAGUCUGCUGAUGGUAUGUAAGUAAGUCUGCCGAUGGUUGAUUUGUCUGAAUGCUAAACUUCUAAGCAUUUAUUUAUUUAUUUUGGUUUAAGAUGCUAAUAGUUUUCCAGUCUACAUUGCAAUUGAUUCUGUCUAUAUUGUGAGAUUAAGGAGCUUUAAUUGUUCCUUCUGACUGCUAAUUGGUGUUUACAGAUAUGCUCUGCUAGUCAUCAGCAUGAUAUUCAUAAUGGCUGUUAUAGUCCUUAACCCUGGAAGUUAUAGAUGACUCCUGUUUUAUUUUUUUGUUUUUUUCCUUCUCAGGCUACUGGGUCUUUUGGUUUACUUAAAAUGUUUUGGAGGGCUUUAGUUGGUGUGUGCUAUAGUGUAUCCGUGCAGUUGUAAUGGUAUGGUAAUGUAUAGUAAUGUUAUCCUUUCCAUGGCUCGUGUGGUUGUGCUGUAGUGGCUCAAAUAGUCAGGCACUUUUUAAUUAAGUUGUGCAGAUAUUCAUUUUGUUGGAAGAUGUUUGAAGGAUCUGUUUCCUUCUUCUGGUAUUCUUGGUCUAAUGUAUUUAUACUUUUUUUAAAAAUUCAGGUAGUACUCAACUUACAACCAUAAUUUAUGUUGCUAAGUGUGAAAUUUGU